AAGCUUAUCUUCUUCAUCAUCUCUUCCUCAAUCGGAGUGAGUACAAAAGAUCCAAAAAAUCGCCGAGAGCACAAACCCUAAUGGCUUCUCUCUCAAUGGCUUCCGUUAACGUUAGCUUCUGUCGUCCUUUACGCUCUUCUUCUCCAAAGGUUUCACUUCGCAGUUCCGUUCAAUUCGCGACGAGUCUUGCUUCAAGUCACUCCAUUUCUGGGCUUCGCGCUGUUUUUCCUCAGAAGAUUUCUACAGUUGCUUCUCCUAAUUCCCAAAAGUUUCAGUCUUUUACCGUUUUCGCUCAUAAGGGUUACAAAUUGAAGACCCACAAGGCCUCAGCGAAGCGGUUUAGAGUGACUGGUAGGGGGAAGAUUGUGAGGAGGAGAUCCGGAAAGCAGCAUUUGUUAGCUAAGAAGAACAACAAGAGGAAAUUGCGUUUAUCGAAAAUGACCGAAGUGAACCGGAGCGACUAUGACAAUGUGAUCGGCGCUCUACCAUACUUGAAAGUCAAUCGAAAGGCGACUUAAGCAGAAUAAGCUUGAUCCUUUUCUUACCUGCAAUUCUCGUUUUGUAAUCUAAAGUUGUGGUAAUAUCCUUUUGUAUUGUGAUAUAAUUUGAUCAAUGAGUUGAUUUUGUUUCUUA